ACAGCAGGCUGCCGGAGACCGUCGAUGCUGCCGCGUCUGCCGCUUCUACCGCUUCUGCCGCUUCUACCGCGUCCACCGCGUCUACCUGCGGGCUCCCACUCACUCCACGGUGCGAGCGAGCUGUUGGCCGGACGCAAACUGACGCCAAGAGACGGACUUUUUUUCGUUGGUCCCAUUCCUGGAUUUGUAAACAACAGAAAACGACUGGAAGAAAGUGUUUUCGUGGGCUUUUCACGGGGGGCUCCGGUUCCCCCUCGGCGGACGCUCUGCGGAGUGACACUCAACGGCGUUGGACUGCAUGAAGAGGCCGAGUGACGGGGCUCUUGUCCUCACCUAGACCCCCUCCCGCCGCCCCCCCGCUGCCAGGACAUGAGGUCAUUCCGGUCAUUUGCAAAUGAUGACCGCCACGUCAUGGCCAAACAUGCCAGCAUCUAUCCGGCCCCGGAGGAGCUGGAGGCCGUGCAGAUGUUGGUGUCCACUGUGGAGGGAGCCCUCAAGAAGGUCUCUGAUUGGAUGGAUGAGCUGAGAAACUCUCCUGGGAAUACUUCCCCCCCUACCGAGACGAAGGAGAACACGGUGGAGGAGGAUGCUGCAGAGACCCAGUCUGACGGGGCAUCGGUGCUGUGCGGGGUGAUGCGUGUCGGCCUGGUGGCCAAGGGUCUGCUGAUCAAAGGCGACAUGGACCUGGAACUGGUGCUGAUGUGCAGAGAGAAACCCACUCAACUGCUGCUGUACAGCAUCAGCGCCAACCUGCCUCUGCAGAUCCAGACGUUGACGGACGACGGCUACGAGGUUCGGUCAUGCGUGCCCGAGGCGGCCAUCCAGGUCUGCAGCACCAAAAACCCCGGGCUCACGCUGAAGAUCACCCUCACCUCCCUAGCCAUGAGGGAGGAGCACAGCGCCGGAGAAGAAGACUGUCUCGUCUGUCCAGAGGAGGACGAGCAGGGCAACGAGGCGCCGCGGGCGGCUGGCGAGGACGACCCCGAAGACGUCCUGGAUGGGCAGAAGUGCCGGGCUGCGCUGGCGGCACUUCGACACGCCAAGUGGUUCCAGGCCAGAGUCACGGACCUCAAGUCCUGCGUCAUCGUCCUGAGGAUCCUCCGAGAGGCGUGCAACCGCCUGCCUGCGUGGCAGCCUCUCAAAGGAUGGCCUCUGGAGCUGAUCUGUGAGAAGGCCAUCGCCACGUGCAGCCGGCCGCUGGGCCCGGGAGAAGCCCUGCGCCGCGUCGUGGAGUGCAUCGCCUCCGGCAUCCUGCUGCCAGGAGGUCCAGGAGUCCACGACCCCUGUGAGAGGGAACCCACGGACGUCCUCUCUGACCUCACCGCCCCGCAGGCCGACGCCAUCACACACAGCGCGCAGCACGCGUUACGCCUCCUGGCCUUCGGACAGCUCUACAAGGUCCUGAACAUGGAUCCUCUGCCCGCCAUCAAGUCCCCCCCGAGGCUGCUGGAAGCCGGCUGUCAGAAGAGGCUGCGGGACGACGUGGGGUCAGAUGACAGAGACUUCAUCAAAAGAAUGAAAGUUCUGGACUGGAGGAUGACUGACCCGAACCAUCCCAUGAACGCCCUGAUGCGUCUGAACCAGAUCCACCCGGGCCUUCAGUACCGCCUGCAGUCCCAGUCCGGCCCAGUCCACGCUCCGGUCUUCACCAUGUCCGUGGAGAUCCAGGGAACUUCCUACCAGGCCACCGGGAACUCCAAGAGAACCGCCAAGCUGCAGGUGGCCCUCAAGGUGCUGCAGGCUCUGGGCUACGUGCUUGGCUGCGAUGGAGACGGGGACUCACUCAGCGCCGACGAGAAGUCCGAUGGUGAAGGCAAGAACGACAGGAUGUCCACGAGCUCCAGCUCCACGUCCAUCACCUCCUCCGCCGAGGUGCCGGAGUCCAGAGCUCUGGGUCCAAUCCUGACGGCGGGGGGGAAAAACCCGGUGAUGGAGCUCAACGAGAAACGCCGCGGCCUCAAAUACGAGCUGAUUUCAGAGAGCGGCAGCAGCUACGACAAACGCUUCAUUAUAGAGGUGGAGGUGGACAAACAGAUCUUUCGAGGAACCGGCCCCAACAAGAAAGUAGCCAAAGCCAGCGCCGCGCUCGCCGCUCUGAACAGCCUGUUCUCCGGCACCAAGUCGACGAGCAACAAGAAGAAACGGCCCAACCCUCCGCCGAAGCGACCGGUGGCCUCGGUGCUGACCAUCCCCACCCUCGCCGCCAGACCUCCACGAGUCCCCGUCAUCCCCAGAGCUCCGUACAUCAGCACGCCACACACUCCUGGAUACAUCCCUCCAGGUUUUGGUGCUCCUUACGGCUACAACCCUGCAGGCGCCCUCCCUGCAGGCGCCCUCUCCGCUUACGGUUUUCCCUCCAGAUUCCCCUCAGUAGUUGUACCCGUCAUCAGAGUCCCCACAUCUUACCCCGUCACCCACCUCUACCCCUAUUAGGACCGCCCCCCCCACCCUCCGCGCAGGAGAGGGCUUGUUAAAGGAAUAUCGUUGCUCUGGCUGCUCGUUCACGACACUAAAAUCAUCUGCGUGAACGCGGCUGGGUCACCAAAGACUUGAAUUAGAGCACUGAGGUCAUGUGACUGUUUCUGAAAUCAAUGCUAACUUCAGGGAACUUUUUCCUAUCAGAUGUUAAGACAACCGGAACCACAAAUGACAAAAACACGCCUUACUGUAGAUGAGCACCAACUAAACCUGAAAUUAAAGAAGUGAAUAAACAUGAUAGGAAUGUGUGUUUGGUAGAUUAUUUCUUUGUUGUAGCCAUGGUUCAUGGCAAUGAAUCUUGCCAUUGGAAAGCUUGUUUAUUUCCCUUAUAAAUGGUGCCACAUCUUUAAUGGGCACAACCCACCAGGGAAAUAAACGGGCUUUCCAACGGUAAGAUUCGUUGCAAUGAAGCACGGCUACAACAAAGAAAUAAUUUACCAACCACAUUUCUUACUUUUUGUGCUAAGUUUAUAUUUCUGUUGCAUUUAUUUUUUUCCCUUCAUUAAAAAUCUGCUGAUGAUAAAGUUACCCACAAUCCACCUCAGAAAACAGAAUGUAGAUUGACUGAGUAGACCAGAUUUGGAGUUUCUGGAUCUUCUGCAUCGAUGCGAAUUAACGCAUAACUAUAAACUAUAAACACAGAAACAAGGAAACUUAAGAACCUCAUUUCCACCGACAACCGGCUCAGGAGCAUCUCACAUAAAAGUGAAGAGACUACAGCGGACAUACCGACAAAUAAUAGGGUUAGACGGUAAAGAUACUUAAUCUCAGGUUUGGAGGGUUUUUUGUUGUUGUUGUUUAACUAUGAAUUAAUGACCCAGAUAUCACAAACAUCACUCCGCCAGGAGCUCGAUUAUUCCUUCAUCAGUUCCUCUUGGAUGUGAAAGAUGUUUUCCAUGUUUUGUAAAGAUGUUUUCGUGGUUAAAAGGCAAACGGGUUUACAAUUAUCGGUUGCACUGAGAAGCUUUUCCUUUUGUUUGAAUCUGAAUGUUUACACUCACUGUUGAGUUAACUUUCUCUUUUCAGAGACAUUUUUAUUUUGACCUGUUUGAAGGUGAUAUUCUUUUUAAAUAAAUUAAUAUUUUUGUCAAAUAAGGCUGUGGUUCAUUAUGUCUUCAGAGCGCGUGUCCAUGGAGUUAUUUUCUAGUUGUUGAAACACAGAAACUCGAGUUACCUCGACUCCUCACGUUCACACUCAAAUAUCAGUCCGAUAUUAUUCACGUUUAGGUCGUUUCCCGUCAUGCUGUUGACGAAAACCAAUAAGCAAGUCUGGUCUUCUCGUGCAACUGUUAAUCAUUUUAUUGCAUUGAAGACGAUAAAACUCGCUGCAGUGGACAUGAUGGUAGGGCAGACUUAAAAACAUCAGAAAAGUUGCUCUGUGCUGCUUUUCCUGAAACUAGCUUGAUGUUAUAGAAACUUAUUUUUCCAGGUUACUCUUUAAAGUCAUAGUUGAAAUCUGGUGAUAUUUUGGCACUAGAAGCUUCAAACACGGGGGGCUGUGAAGCACGGCGGUGGCAGCAUGCACUUCACAGAAUAGAUGGCAUUGAAAGAUUAAGGCGUGUAUUCCAGCGUCAUAGAAAUGCGUUGCAAAGUGGUUUAAGGGACGACGAAGUAAAAGGGACGAGAGCGGCCAGUGAUGGUCGGGACUUGAAGAGAAAACAACGUUUGUCUUUUUUUAAGCCGCAUGUAAACUUCCAAUUGUAUAUCGAUGUGAACGGAUGAUGAAAAACGUCAUCGUGAUGAGGUAUUUGUCCUCAAAUCACUUGUAAGAGCCUCAGAAAUGCAGCAGUUUAUCACUAAUGUAUACGUCUCUGUAUUUAUGAUUAGCUUUACUUACCACACGAGUUGACAUCUGGAAUGAUCUAAUGGAAAACAAGAGAAAUAAGUUAAUUCAACUUUUGAGCAGGACUCUUCAGCAGAUUUAACCCCUUAAUGUCUGAUGUAACAUAUUUAAAGAUAUAAGAGUCAUCAUUUAAAGUGGAUCAAAACAAUUCAAAGUUAAAACAAGACAUCUAUUUUAUCUAUUUUAACAUCUAUAAGCUCCAACUUGCUCAAAUUAUAGGGGAAACAAAGUGUAUCAUAACUGCAGAUGACACACAAAUCUAUAUAAAUACCUUACAAGGAGACUAUAAUCUAUUUCAAACACGGAUCAAAGUAGCAGAAGUUUCUUCAGUUAAAUGAAAUCAAAACAGUAAUAAUAGUUAUUAAUCAGUUAAUAGAGCUGAGGAAGAAAGAUUAAACAUCAUCACUCACCUUCAAGCUUUUAUCUUCAGUAGACCGGACUACUGCAACGCUGGUCUCACAGGUCUCCCUGAAAAAUCUAAACUGCUGCAGUUAGUCCAGAACGCUGCUGCCCGAGUCCUCACUGAGACCAGGAGACCCGAGUCCUCACUGAGGAGACCCGAGUCCUCACUGAGACCAGGAGAGUGGACCAUAUAAGUCCCAGACCAGAUGUUAAAUCCUGCUGCUGGUUUAUAAAUCUCUUAAUACAUAAUACAUCUCUGAUCUGGUCCAUCAUGACCCAACCAGAACCCUCAGGUCGUCAGGGCCACACCCACUUCCUGUACCCAGAGUUAGACCCAAACACGAUGAGGUAGUGUUCAGCUUUUAUGCUCCCAGAAUGCAUCAGGGCUGCUGAAACACUCAGUUGCUUUAAUUCUUUUCAUUUACCGCUGCAAUUCACUGAUCUCCCACAAUGCACUACAACCUUUAUUUCUUGCAUCUCAUUUGUUGAAUUAUUUUUAACUUAUGUCUCUUUAAUUUAUGCUUUUAAACUUUUUCUUUUUAAUGUAUUUUUUUGUGUUUUCUUGUAAAGCACUGAAUUGUCUUGUACAUGAAAUGUGUUUCACAAAUAAACCUGCUUCCCCCCCACCUAUACCCAAAACUGUUAGGCAGAAUUGGGGAUGUUUGGGGAUGUUUUUAAUGUCAAAAUAUAA